GCAACCAGUCAGCUUGUUUUGAUUGAAACGGAAUCAAAAUCUUUGCAAUUUUACUAUUUUCUACUUUCUAGUCUAGUACCAUUAUUUAUUUUUAUUCAAUUAGUGGAGUGCUUUAUGAAAUCACUAUAGAUAUGUAGAACUUUUGAUAUACCAAAGUUUCUACGUGCAAAUAUAUAUCUCGAUAUAAAUUCCGACUUUCGUGUCACUUGUUUUACUUAUAAACUAUAAAAUUACUUUCUAUUUGUGAUAAAUAACGUAAUAAAAUACCACAAUGAACAAUAGAAGUGCAGCAGGACUGAAAGAAAACGCUAUUACUACUUCAAGCUUUAACCCUCCGCAUGAAUGGGCUCAAGGAUGCUACUAGGGCAGCAAAAUGAUCGUCGUUCGGCCAUAGCGGCUCGUAUACGGAUAAGAGAAGAAUGGUCAGAGUUAAAAGGCCCUGAGGAACCCACGAAACCGCUCAAUCGAAUCCCAGAAAUUAUAAGAAAACAGCAGAAGCCAGUCCGGAGCGCAAGCAAGCUUGUAGCGCAGAAAGUUAAAUUCACUAAAAACAAUAAAGUCUUAAAGAAAAAGAAUGAAAAUACGUCCGUACCUAUAUCGGACAGAAAUAUGGAUGUGAGUGCGGAUGGGCUGGCCGGGGUGGUGGCGCUAGUAGAUGUGGGGACGGAGACUCGAGCGCUAGCUCUUAGGGCUGCUCUGAUGGCCCUCGGAGCCACGGUGGUGCCAGCAUGGAGCCCUCUCGUAACACAUCUUGUGUGGACUAAAGGUGGUUGCCGCGACACCCGCGCCAAAGCUCGCGCUUUAGCUUGUCGCUUGGUGUCUCCGUUGUGGGUAGAAGCAUGUGCUUCCUGUGGCCGCAGAGUUACUGAAGCUGCCUUUCCGGCUACGGCUAGGCCAAGUGAUCUACCAUCUCCGAGAGCAUUGAGAAUUAUGUUGAAAAAAGCCGAGGCGGAAAACAUACCCCUAGCAGACCUUCUCAACAACAAGGAACCAAGCAACCGCAAAGAGCAAAAACUGAGGUUGUCCAGCGAAACUGAACACGACACUACUGCGGACACGUCAACCGACCACGACACAACAGUCGACACGUCUACCGACAAGGACACGUCGCACGACCGAUCCAAGGAUAGCACAGACCCGACGAUCCGAGUAAACACAUUGCCCCGCGGAGGAGCAACUAAGAUGGCAGAGACGCCGGCAGAGCCUCCUAAGUCUCGACGGAAGCUGUUUACGCAGAAGGAGGCGCACGAUUUGACGGAAGAUGACGAUGAGACCCCCAACAUUCCAAAGCGCACGCCGUCCAAGUUAACCCAUCGAGAGCGCAAGGAACUCGCGCGCGCCGAGCGUAUGGCGCGACGGUUGCUAGGAGCCAACACGCCCGCGAAAACUAUCACGCAGCAAAUACUUGCGCAGACUGACAACCCCAGAAUUGUUCUAACAGGAAUGUCACGCACCGAACGCCAAGCCAUACAAACCGCCAUCAAAUCCCUCAACGGAAAAGUCCAAAAGCAAGUUAACCCUCGCACCACCCACGUCGUACUCGGUUCCUGCGUCUCCGACCGAAACGACCACACCGGCAUCCAACCGCUAGACUGUUCCAAAAUAACAAGUAUAAAUACUAGGCCGGGAAUACCAUGUAUAAAUACUAGGUCGGAAAUACCAAGUAUAAAUACUAGGUCGGAAAUACCAAGUAUAAAUACUGGGUCGGAAAUACCAAGUACAAAUACUAGGUACGGAAUACCAAGUAUAACUCAGCGGUGCGGUGUGGAGAAGGCGCGUACUUUGAACGCGUUACUAGGGGCGGCUAGGGGGUGCAGAGUGGUGUAUGCGCAGUGGGUAACAGAUUCGGUGGGGGUGAAAAAAUGGCUGCACCAUCAUGGGUACGAGGUGCCGCAUUUGAGGAAGAUUUCACAGAAAGCCCGCGUAGAACGCUCCGCGGUCGGCCGAACGUGUUCCGAUUACGCCUACGACGUUUUCCGAGGCAUGCGAGUCCGCGUCUCCCCCCACACUGAACAAAAAGACGCCGCCAUACAACUGUUAACACUCUGUGGCGGCGUUCUACAAAAUGGCGGCGGUGUACAAGAUGGCGGAACGCGAACAGCUGAUUAUGACGUUUGUGUGGGUAAUGGGGAGGGCGAAGUGAGCUCGAAGUGGGUGUUUGAUAGUGUAGCUGCCGGCAGAAUGAGGACUACUAGGAGAUAUGUAAAUUUGGGUGUCGAAAAUAUGAGAUAACAGAAUUUACUAGGUUUUUUAUAUUAGAUUUGUGUUAAAGGAUAUUAAGUGAUAAAAAAUGCUCUGCUUGACAUCUUUCUAGGCGUGCGAGUCUGUGUCUCCUAAACAGAACAAAGAGACGCCGACAUACAACUGUAGCACUCUGUGGCAGUGUUGUA